AUGCUGGCGAAGUGCCAGCUCCAUGCAGUUGGCUUCUCCAGGCGCCUUUCUUUGACCCUCCGUGGUUCCUGCAGGGAAGGGCCGCCAGGUCGUGUCCCUGGAGAGGAGCUUGCGUCGCUCCUGUCUUUCGUGAGGGGGUGUGGGCUAAUCAGCGUUUUGGCAGGUUUCUGUUGUCCGCCUGCUGCAAGUGACCAAAUUCUCUCCUGCUUCCAGGAUGAGGAGGCGGCCGCCCUCUAUCCCCUGGAAGGCACCCUGCUGGACGACUACCCUCGUCAUGGCUCCAACGAGCAGGACCCUUUGCUCCAGAAUCUUCAGGUGCUCUGGGCAGGGAGAGACAUGGAGAAGCUCCAGGAAGAGAUGAGGCUGGGAUUUGCCAGCCUGCGUGACCCCCUGGCGUGGCUCAUCGGCGUGCUGGAAAGCUGUGGUGAUCGGAGAGGGCAAGGCUUGCUGUCCCGCAUUGUCCGUGAGCUGCAGGGUUGGAUGAAGGAUCGCGCGAACUGUCAGCCGUCCAGCUUAAGGCUGAAGGAGCUGCAGGCUGGCCUUUUUCCCCUGCUUGUGCGGUGCAACACCAGCCUGCUGGAGCCGCUGAUUGGCCUCUAUUGGCUCCACGCCGCCAACCGCCACCAUUUGCUGGGCUUCGUUGACCACCUCUACCACCAGGGGAAGUUCAAAGAGGCUGCUACUUUAAGCAUAAAACUGAAACUACAGCCAGACCUGGAGUUCGAGAAGAUGUGCAUUCCGUUGCUGCUUCAGGACAAAACGGAGCUCGUGGCAGCUUACGUGGAAGGCAGUCCUGAGCUGCAGCAGAGCCUCUUGCGACUCCUAGACUCGUGGUCCGUGCCAGGCUUCCAGGUCAAGGACCUUGCAAGACAGUAUCAAGCUCUGCCUGGCAAGUGGCCAGAAAAGAUCAACUGCAAGAUGAUGCAUAAAAUGGCCUUCCAAUUCCUGAACAAAUACAACCUGGACCCAGCGCUUUGUCCCAAUAUUCUCAACCAGCGAUAUCUGGGCACUUUGAAAUACCUACUCCACAAAAGAUUCAUUGAGAAAACCAUGACGCAAGAAAACUGGGCUGAUCACGUCCAGGGCAUCGUCCAGGACAGUCGGUGGCUCCAAGAGCAGCUGGUUGAACUCCUGGUCCGUUACGCUGGCCUGGGGGUUGCUGCCCAGUGGGCUCAGCGCUAUGGCCUCCUUGGGGACAGCUUGCCGAUUGGCCUGGUGGACAAGAUGGAGGAGCUCGCCGUUCUGGAGAGGGAAGACGCCUCGGAGCAGACCGCGAGUGCCUCUUGGGGCAGCGAGGAGGAGUGCUGCUAUCGGCUCCCUGUGCUGAGGGAAGACAUCCUUUUCUUAUCAACCUGGGAAGAGGUGAUGGCGUGCAAGGAGCGUGUACUCCAGCCUGGCCAGAUUGUUGGGAUUGACGUGGAGUGGCGCCCGUCGUUCAGCGCCAUUGGAGGGAAGCCGCGGGUCUCAGUUGUUCAGCUGGCAAUUUGGGGCCACGUGUUCCUCCUGGACAUGCUCCAGCUGCUCCAGCAGGGAGGACAGGAGGCGCAGUCAACCUUCUGCUGCUUCUUCCAGACUCUCCUGGCUGACCCGGCCAUUGUGAAACUAGGCAAGUGGCGCUUCAGUUUAGAGGCCCCUCCUGCUGAGGGCUAUGGGAUGUCAGGAGACCUGCGUAACCUCAUGGCAACCUGCGGCACUCUCAGAGCUGCAGAUCUGCAGCUACAUGGACUUCUGGACCUCCAGCUGGUGCACCAAAAGUUGCCCAAGCGCUCCAAGAAGAGCUGCCAGCCGCCGGACGCUUGGCAGGCAAAGGGCAAGGCCUGGGGGACCAGGCUGCCUGAGAAGGGGCUCAGCCUGCUGGUGCAGGAGGUCCUCGGCAGACCCCUGAAUAAGACAGAGCAGCUUUCCAACUGGGAGAGGAGACCCCUUCGGGAGACGCAAAUCCUCUAUGCAGCUGCUGACGCCUACUGCUUGCUGGAGGUACAUGCCAAGUUGUCGAAGGAUCCAGCUGCUUUUGGUCUGAGUGCUGAUGCAGUGGUGGUGACGCAGAAAGCAGGCCCUAAGGCGAAAGCGAGGAAGCAACGGAGGGAGCAGGAAGCACUAUCCCCUCACAAGGAGAUUCCAGCACCCGUCCUGGAAGAGGCCCCCGGCUCUUCGGUUGCUGUCUUGGUGCAAGACUUCCGCGUGGUCUGCGACAACAUGUUGCAGGGCCUGGGGAGAUACCUGCGCUGCCUUGGGGUGGAUGUCCGGGUCCUGGGGAACGACGACGAGCAUCGGAGGGCUGCUGAGAUUGCCCGGGAAGAAAACAGAGUGAUUUUAACCUCCGGCCUUCCGUUUCACUCGCUGCAGUCCCAGGUGGGCAAAGGCCGGUGUUUCUCAGUGAGCUGCUCGGAGAGGGCCCGGGAGCAGGCCCUGCAGGUCCUGAAGCACUUCAACGUCCGGGUGGCCUUGGCCGACAUUUUCAGCCGCUGCCAGGCCUGCAACUGCAGCCAGUACCUGAAGGUCUCGAAGGAGAGGAUGGUGCAGCUGAUGAAGCAGAGCGGCUGCUGGACAGGGGAUGGAGGGGGCUGUGUGGGAGAUCCUGGCCCCACCACCUGCAUGGAGUCCCAGAGCUUCAACCUGAUCCCUCGGCGGCCUAGCUACAGCCCAGGCUGGCAGUGGCUGGAAGCGGCAGGCCCGGGGGACGAGCCCACGGUGCUGCCCAACGGCGUCCGCUUGAAAGUCGAGGCCAUCCCAAUGGGUGUGCUCUCCAAGGAAGAUCCAGGCUGCUUCUAUUGCUGCAGCCGGUGCGGUAAAGUUUUCUGGGAAGGGUCCCACUUCAGCCACGUGGUCUCCCAGUUUAAGGAGGUGCUGGACCUGCCAGAAGAGAGCUGAACGGGGCCAGGGCCAGGGCCAGUAGGCUGCUGCCAAAUGGUCCCUUGGACUCUGUAUGUGCUCAGGAAUGAGGGAGGACCCCGGGGCCUUUCAGAGCACCCUUUGCAGUGGGCGGGGAUGUUGAGAGGCCACCCCAUUUUAGAAGGAUCUUUAAAAGGAUUUCCAGGACUCGGCCACAGAACCAGGGAUCUCCCAUCAGGUGGCGUCUUGGUUCGGCCACAAACCCUCUUGGCUGGAGCCAGCACAAGCGGGACAGCCCUGUGACCCUCCAGCCAUUUUCAUCUUCCCAGCCUGCCAGAAGCACAGAGAGGCCGGCACUUGGCUUCCAACUUCCCAUUUUUAUUAGGUUUUUGACAUUGGAGUGGUAUAAUCAGGAUCAGAGCCAUUGCAGGCAGGGUAGGGCCAUCUCCGCCCCACCCAUCUUCCCCUUCCCCACCCCCAGUGUGUUUGUGGGGAGGGGCUGUUGCCUCCAUCAUUAAAUGAUCAUUAGCGGUGCCCGGGGUAUGUGUGUUUCCAACAUGUCUUGUUUAAAUCUGAAUGCUGCACUGAGUGUGUGCCCCACUCGGAAUCUUUUGCGAAUGGACAGCAUAUAAGCCCCACAAAUAAAGACAUGGAAAGC